AUGACUCCGUCAUCACAACGCCGCCGCGGCCGUAGCAACGGCGAAUACGACAACGAUAACGACAACGAUGACGGCCAGCACCUGAUGCGACAACGGACAAGAACCUCCAGCAACUACACCAGCACCAACUCCAAAUACGGCGAUCGCAACCAUUACCAGCCCGGUCAGCCUAUCGGCUUCCUCGCAGCCCGCAACACCAUCUAUGCAAAGAAGGUCAACAGUCGCAAACUACGAUGCUGUCUUUUCCUCGUCAUGCCCAUAGCUAUCCUCGUCGGUCUUGUCAUCCUCACCGGCCCGGUGCUGUUCGCAGUAGCAAACCACAUCGUCAACGUCUCCGUCGUGCAUCUCGAGUCGCUCGAAAUCAGCACAACACAGCCCGGUCCAGGAGAGUAUCCAGUCAGCCUGCGAGCUAGGGUCACAAAGACCGGUAUCUUCCCUGCCCGUGCCUACUUCCGCGCCCCCAUCAACCUCUACUGGCGUACCGUCCCACCCAACAGUCGCGAGAUCCAUAUUGGCACCAUCGAAAUAGAUCACUUGGGUGUCACCUCGAGAGGUUACGGCACACUCGAUGAAAAGAAGACGCUCACCAAUGUCGACGAUGACAAUCUCGCGCUGUUUGCGAGGUUUCUCGUAAAUGCUGAACAGGCGACGAUCAAGCUGAACUGCUCCAAUGUUCAUCCCGUCGCCUUUGGCUUCCUACCCUCGUGGCACAACAUCGCCGUGAGCAAGCAUGCCAACAUCGCAGGCUUGAAAGGGCUGGGUGAUGUCAAGGUGCUGUCGCUCGACGUUCCAGGAGACUCUCCACAAGGUGGAGCCAUCGUCAAUGCUGUAGGCUCGCUCAAGAAUCCUUCUCCCUUUUCGAUUCAGCUAGGCAACGCUGAUUUGCAAGUGUCGUACAAAGAUAUGCCUUUGGCCGAAGCCAACCUCACCAACUUCCACCUGGGCAACGGCGUCAACACUGUCCCUGUUGACGGUCGAAUCUACCAUCAACAAGGCGAUGAGAACCUAGCCAAACUCAGCGAGCUCGUCGGCAUCUUGACCAACAACGAAGCCGCACCAGUCUCUAUCAAGGUCAACCCAACGAGCGAGACUACACCCUCGUGGGUCAAGGCUGCUGUUGACGAGCUCAAUAUCGUAGUGCCUGUCAAGCUGCCACAGCCUUUCGAUCCGAUCAAGGCUGUCCAGGUGGGUGCGAUGGAUGUCAUGCUCGAUCCGGCGCAGUCUUAUUCGCCUACGCUCAACUCGAACUCGGUAUCUGCAGACGUCGAGAUUCCGUUCGGUUUGAGUCUCAGCGUGCUCAGUGCUGCGGUGCACAUCGAUGUCUCCUCCGGUAAUGAUGGUGGCGUGGCUACGCUCAAUGGAGCUCAGGCCAAUGCUUCUUCGGCACUGGAGCUGAUUGGUCCAAGUAAAAGAGGUGGCAAGACGUUUUUGUCCCUGAUCAAUUCGACUAUGUCCCCUUCCAGCAACACCAAGGGCGGUGAAGACGAGGCGAAAAAGGGAUUUCAACAGCUCAUCCGAGAGAUUGCGUUGGGAAACACGAUCAACCUGGCUGCAAAAGGAACUGCUGCAGUCGUUGCAGACUCUUCCAUUGGGCGAAUCACGCUCCCGGCUCUCAAGAUCGCCACCUCCACCUCCCUUCAAGGACUAUCCGGGUUCGCGCAGGCUCCACUCGAUCUGCUCUCCUUCGACAUCCUAGGCGGGUCCAGCUCCGCUCUGCAAGUUGUCGCUUCCGCCAGCAUCACCAAUCCGUCGCUCAUCUCGAUCCAUCUCCUUGGUGACACCAGCUUCCCACUCGCUCUACCUAACGGUGCUGGACUCGGUCGUUCCACCAUCAGCGAGGUACGUUUGGUACCCGGUACAAAUACAGUCAAUGUCACCGCUGCUGUCUCCUUCAACGACAAGAGCAAGUCGCUUGUACAGCAAUACCUGCAAGGCAAGGGAAGCCAGGUCAACGUGCGAGGCGAUGCCGAUUCUAGCCAAGCAGAGUCGCUCAAGCCAACGAUGGAAAGUUUGAAGCUCAAUGCCUCCAUUGCUGGAUUGACGGACCCGCUCUUGCUCAGCGCUGCGAUGAGGAUCUUGGAUACGACUGCUGUGGUCAACGAUAUCGCCGACGCAAUCCCCUCGGUGGGUAAUCCUUUCACUUCUGCAAUCAGUUUGCGGGGCAGCAAGGGUCAGGCGAGUGUACUUGGGUUGAAUGUAGGUCACGUGGAUGCGAUGAAACUGCAGAAUGCGGUGGUAAUCCCGUCAAGGAAUGAGGUCAAUCGUCAGAGCGACACACCGCUGCCGGUGAUUGUCGACUUUGACAAGCCCAACAUGAUCUUUGGGUUGAUGCGUGGGUUGGUCGUCGAGUCGGGUCAGGACACGGCACCGCUCGACUACCUCAUGAAGGUAGGUGGUAUCAAGCCUGUCGGUGUUAAGCAGUCAGCGUCGUCGUUGCCCACGCUCUCGCUACGCGCAGCACCGUUUGACGGCUUCAGCUUGCCCAAGUACGUCAUGACCGCUCUCGCAGCUGCACGUGCCGACGUGCAAGUUGACGUCGACGUGCUCAUCGGCGACUAUCCACUCAGCACACCCUUCCAGCAGUCUGGUGUCAACGUCACCUUCGACAACAGCAUCGAAAAGCUCUACUCGAUCUUGGGACGACCCAUCAUGCAAGCGGUGAUUGAUGCGGUGCAGAUCAAUCUCGAUUCGAUUCAGGUACUCGACCUGGCUCAAAACAAGGUUGUGGUGGAUGUUUCGACUGCUAUCACCAAGAUUGGUCCCUUUGACGCCGUCGUGAUGCUCGACAAGGGCAUCGAUGUCAGCUGGCAGGGGAAAGUGAUUGGCAACGUGGCACUGCCGAAUGUUACCAUUGUUCCGGAGACGACGCCUUUGCAAGUACGUGCAGAGUUGACUAUCGCUGACACCGGGCUGAUGACGGACCUCGUCAAGGCUUUGUUGCAACAAGAGAGUGUAGAGUGGACGCUGUCGACAUCCUCGAUGGUCAUCUAUGCUUACGAUGCGGUUCUGAAUGGCCCCGGGCUGACCAAGAAAACAUCGAUCAGGGCAUUCAACAAGCUUCAAAAUGCAGUUGCGCUAGGGCCAUUUGAUUUGCCAGCCAACGAUCCUGCCGGAGGAAUCCACAUUACCGCAUCGGCAACAGUUCGAAACCCUUCCAACAUCGGCGUCAACCUCGACCGUCUCGGAGUCAAUUUCGGUCUUACUACAAGCACGUUGGGAGAGGUCGGUCUUGCCAACGUCCUCAACAUGACCGCAAGUGGAACGUCGACUGUCAACGUUGCUGGACGUAUCCUGCCACAGUCGGGCCAAGGUCUGACGGAUUUCUCGACGGUAGCGCAGAAUUUCAUCUCGAACAAGCCUACGACUUUGACGGUGCGAGGUGUCUACGCUGGUCCUGACAGCGUCACUUGGCUGACAGACGGUAUCAAGACGCUUUCGAUCCCAAUCACGGUGCCGGGUAUCGUGCUAGAUCCGCUCAAGAGCGUCAGCUUGAACAGCACUACCAUAGACUUCACUCAAGCGGGCGGUGAAUGGUCGCCGUUACUCAGCACGGACACAGUCGCUGCCGCUGUCGAAAUUCCUUUUGGAUUCCCUUUCGGAGUGGAGAGUGUAGGAGGCUCCUUUGAUGUGCUGUACGGCGGGCAAGGUGCAGCUCGUUUGGUGCUGUCCGACAGCGCUGCUCGGACCCAAGACCGGACAGUCAGUCUGGCAAUCCAAAACGCACACUUGGACAUUCCUGGAAACUACAGGAACAAUUUUGCAAACGACCUCGCUGUGAGAGCCGUGCAAGACCAGUCGAUCAGCGUGGGACUGAACUCGAAUGCUGUCAAUGCACUCGUGUCGACGGCGUCGGGCGAUAUCUCUGUCAAAGGUAUUCCGAUUCAUCUCGACCCCGCCCUCGCUCUUGACGCAUUCCAGCGCCUAUCAACCAGUCCGAUCGUCAUCAGCGGGCUCGAUGUGACUGGCGGUACGAGAGACUAUGCAAUCGCCACGGUGAACGCUGCCAUCGUCAACCCGAGUCAGGUGCACGCCAUCGUGGGCGACGUUCGCAUGCAAGUCGAUUAUGGAAAUGGCGGAAGCAUCGGGGAUGCGCUGGUUCGCAACGUCAAUAUUCCACAAGGCCCCAUCACUCUGCCGGUAGAGGCGCAGCUCAAGCUCAACAGCGAGGUUGGAAGACAGCUCAUCAAGGAUUUCUUGACUCGAGGUGGACCUGACAUUCAGGCCCUAGCUCACGGAACUUCGAGGUCCACCGCAUAUGGCUCACUCAAUCCAGCGGUCUCGACUCUAUCCUUUGGCGCGUCGGUGGCUAGGCUGAACGAGACGCUCGUCACAACGGCCAAGCUCAUCGUGCCACCCAACGUCGACAAGAGGUUGAUUGUUGCAGCUACAUUUGUCUUGCACAAUCCCUUCUCGGCUCAGAUCACUGUCCUGCACGCCAAAGCAAGUGCAACGUCGCUCUCAGGAGCGCUGCUGGGUACCGUCGAUGCCGACGUCAACAUGGUCGCUCCAGGUCACUCGACGUUGACCUCGCCACAGUUCCCUGUUCGCGUCAACACGGAUUUUGCCGCUGUCAUCGGCUUCUUCGAAGAUCAAGCAAAGGCAAACAAUGUCGAUCUAGCACCGCUACUGCCGCUGAUCGACCCGCUAAAAUCCCGCUCGAACUUGGACUCGAACGUCGCAUUUGCUCCCGCUCAGAGCGAAGGUUGCCCCCUCAACGGCGCCACAGACGUGAUUGGUGCGCUCCAACGUUCUUUACAGGGUGCACAAGUCUCAGCGGAUGCUCAAGCUAAUGUCCUCGUGGGACAGUACAGGAUCAACGAUGUUCCCGUGCAGCUGCAGCCCAUUGCGCUCGAAGUAGACGACAGCGUGAGAUACCUGAUCGGACCUUUCGGCGCCCCCGUGGUGGAAAGCAUCGUGAACAGCUUUACACUCCAAGUUGCCAAUAUCUCGGCCUCUAAUCUCGCAGAAGAUGGCCUCGAUGUGUCAGUCAGCGUGACGAUCGGCGGUAUUGGUCCAUUUGCAGCUCAGGUGAGCUUCGGAAAGCCUCUCGAGGCACGAUACAAUGGCAAGCGUAUCGCAACUGUCAAUGUCCCCACCUUCUGCCUACCUGCUGACGGACGCCUCGAUCUGAACGUCAGACUUACGGUCACGGAUCAGAAUGGCUUUGGCGAUUUCGUGAGCGACCUGAUCGCUCAACCGGAGUUGGAGCUCGAGAUCUACUCUGACGACGUCAGAGCCAACGCUUACGGUGUGCAGUUCUCCAAGAUCUCUCUUUCGCGUUCGAUCAGUCUGCAGGGCCUCAAGGGCUUGCGCGGUGUUCUUGCGAAAACUGUAUCAGUCGUGGGCGAGACGUCUGAUACAUUACUGGUCGAAGCAGACGCAACCGUCCCUUGGCCGACAUCGAUUCGUGUUGUCCUGCCGAUUAUCAAUGUCGACUUCAAAUACGAGAAUGUGGUGCUCGGUGGGGUCCAUGUUCCAGCAGGAGUCGUUCUCGCUCCCAACACAGACACGGAUCUCCACGUCACAGGUCAGGUGAACCGUCUGACCAACAAUGCGCAGAGCACGGCGCUAGGCCACCUUGCAACCCGAUUCAUUUCGACCAACACGACCGCGGUAGAAGUCGUUGGCAACAGUGCGACAGAUGCCAACGGGCAGAACAUCCCGUGGCUCACACGGGCACUCAAGACGCUUGAUCUCAGCGUGGAUGUCGCUGGGCAGAACUUGAAUCCCGUCAAGGGAGUCAACUUGCCUGACUUGUACGCGGAUUUGACGGCUGCCAAGGAUUCGGGCUACCAGCUUCCACUCUCGACGAAUCGCACAGAAGCUAUCGUGUCGAUCCCUUACAACAUCCACGUUGAUGCAGUUUCGGCUUCAGGAACUGUAUACGUAGCCGCCGAAGGAUCGACAGCCCGUGCGGCCAGCGUGAUACUCGAUCAACUUCCGCUGGUCUCGGGCGCCAUUGCAGGCAACAAUCAGUCGAACACUUUGACCCUCAGCUUAAACAAUCAGUUGCUAGUGGCCGUCGAUCGAGCAGCAUUCCAGCAACUUUUGGUUGUCGUCGUCUCGAAACCUACCACUGCUCUGCGAAUUUUUGGCCAGGUAUCUGCAGUGGUAGAUCUUGCUGUGGGUCGCAUCACAGUGGAUUCGGUCAACUUGGACGUUCCUGCCUCGCUCCAAUCGCUCGAUAACCUGUCUGGUCAACUCAGCGUCAUUGGAUUAGCAGACGUAGUAGGUGGCACGCCAGAACACGGCAUUGCGAUGAUCAAGGCGACGCUGCACAACCCUUCUGUGAUCAGCGCCAAGGUUGCCCAGCUGAGCAUUCCUGUGACAUUGGACGGAGUAGGGAUCGGACGCGCUGUUCUGGAGAAUCUCGACAUCAAACCUGGGGACAAUACGGUCUCGGUGACGGUUUACAUCAAGCUCGACGAGCCACUGGGCAGUCCGACUGCGGUCAAACUGAUCCGACAGCUGAUCCAGCCUGUUCCGGGAACGCACGAUCCGUACAUCACGACCUUGUACGCCCACAACCAGCCAGGAGCACAGCCGCCCAUCACAACCUUGGAAGCAAUCAAUCCUGCGUUGGAUACGCUCAAUCUCAAAGUCGAUUUGACAGGAUUUGCGAUGGAGCUGAUCCGGCAAGCUACGAUCAGCAUCGAGGUGUUGGACCUAUUUGCUGGACCCGGUGGAUUGCCGUACGUUCUUGCGGACAUCGACCUGGCGAAUAGCCUACCGACCGAACUGGCAUUGUAUCAUAUCGUUGCUGAUGGAUCCAAAGCAGGAUCGAGCAAGACGUACGCUACGCUCGAUCAUACUUUUGAUCCGAGCUUGAUUCUGCCGAAGGCUGCUGCUACGAACGUCAAUCCGGGCCAGGCACAGGCUCACAUUGACAAAGUUCUGCUGCCAAUGGGUCUUCUCAACUCGAUCGAUAUCGUGGGGUCACCUCUGGAUCUGUACAUCACGACGGCCUUGAUCAAGAUCGGUGGUGACAACGGUUACCAGCUGCAGGGAGAGCUUACGUACCUCAGCGUUCCGGCGACGUAUCGCCUCACGUUGGCGGGUGCGGCGAUUGCCAACAUCGAUUCGCUCGGUGGAUUGCUGAGUGCGCUGGGUGGCAUAGUGGGGUCUCUGUCACCGAACGAGCAGAAGCUGUUGAGCGAUGGAUUGCAGAACUUGGGCACAGGCAACAUUCUCGGAUUGGUGGACAACGGAUUCAAGGAUCUCGUGUGCGUGUUGAACGACCUGCCGAUUCCACUGCUCAGCCAAGCAAAUUGUGCACAGGCAACGUCGACGACGGCGUCUGUGAGCAGACAAUCUUGCCACAUGAAUCGCCGCAUUUGUGACGAGCUGUACAAUGAGAAUAGUAUAGGCUUCGAUAUUGUUUUGCAUUACGAUGAAAGAAGUGACGACCACCUCAAGGAGCGCUUGCUGGGUACCAGCAGCCUGCUCAUGGUCAGCUCGCUGUACACCUCACUGAAAUGCACCCACUUGUAA